AUGUCUGCCUUGUUUGCACACAGAGCUGCCGUUGCCUUCCGUGCGGUGGGCGCUGCUUCUUCCAGAACCUAUCUCGCCUCGUCUUUCUCGUUGCAGAUGGCUAGACUUUACUCGUCUGGAAAGUUCCCUCCUCAUACUGUGAUCCAGAUGCCUGCAUUGUCUCCUACCAUGACCCAGGGUAACAUCGCUGCGUGGUCCAAGAGCGUUGGUGACGAGUUGGCCCCUGGUGAGCCAAUUGCCGAGAUCGAGACUGACAAGGCCACCAUGGACUUUGAGUUCCAGGAAGAGGGCUACUUGGCCAAGAUCUUGUUGGACGCUGGCUCCAACGACGUGCCUGUCGGUAAGCCAAUUGCCGUGUACGUCGAGGACAAGGGUGAUGUGGACGCUUUCGCUGAGUUUACCGCCGCUGACGCCGGUGAGGGUGCUGCUGCUCCAGCUGCUGAGGCUGAGAAGCCAAAGGAGGAACCAAAGGAGGAGGCCAAGGAGGAGUCCAAGGCUGCUCCAGCCAAAGAGACCAAGAAGGAGUCUUCUGCUUCAUCGUCUGCUCCUUCUGGCAGAAUCUUUGCCUCUCCAUUGGCCAAGACCAUUGCUUUGGACAGAGGUAUUUCCUUGAAGAACAUCAAGGGUACUGGUCCAAAAGGUAGAAUUGUUGCUGCCGAUGUCGAGAACUACAAGGCACCAGAGGCUGCCGCACCCGCACCAGCUGCUGCCGUCAGCGCUGAGGCCACCUACGAGGAUAUUCCAAUCACUGGAAUGAGAAAGACCAUUGCAUCCAGAUUGUUGCAAUCCACCCAGCAGUCUCCUUCGUACAUUGUCCAGUCGCAGAUCAGCGUGUCCAAGUUGUUGAAGUUGCGUCAAUCGCUCAACUCCACCGCUGACGGCAGAUACAAGUUGUCUGUCAACGACAUGUUGGUGAAGGCCAUUGCCUUGGCUUCCUUGAGAGUGCCAGAGGCCAACUCUGCUUGGAUGGCUGAGCAGGGUGUCAUUAGACAGUACAACGUUGUUGAUGUUUCUGUUGCCGUUGCUACCCCAACUGGUUUGAUUACCCCAAUUGUCAAGAACGCCCACGUCAAGGGCUUGGCUACAAUCUCCAAGGAGAUCAAGGACUUGGGUAAGAGAGCCAAGGAGGGCAAGUUGAACCCAGAAGAGUACCAGGGUGGUACCAUCUGUAUCUCCAACUUGGGUAUGAACCCAGCCGUCACCGCCUUCACCUCCAUCAUCAACCCACCUCAGUCCACCAUUGUUGCCAUUGGUACCACCGACAAGAAGGCCGUCCCAUCUUCUGUCAACGAGCAGGGCUUUGUGUUUGAGGACGUCAUUACCAUCACCGGUACUUUUGAUCACAGAACCAUUGAUGGUGCCAAGGGUGGAGAAUGGAUCCGUGAGUUGAAGAAGGUCAUUGAGAACCCAUUGGAGUUCUUGAUCUAA